GACGCCCUCGUUCUCGCCAAUUACAACUCGUACACAGACGUGGUCGAUUCUCAAAUUGAGAGCAGAUCCCUAUUCCUUUAAGAUGACGUGUCUCCUGGUUGGUUUGUUCGGAAACUUUUAAAAAUGAUCUCAGAGCCAUACACUUAUAAGCUCACCAAGUAAAGGAUGCCGUCAGUACAGGAAAGCUCUGAGCAAGACCAACUGGCCAGUAGUGUGGAUGAAGCAAUUCACCUGAACAUGGAGAAAGGGGUCAUCGAGAGGAAGUGGAUUCGCCCUGAUCUCCCCAGCAGAUGCACCUGGAGCCUAGGGGUCCCAAACACUGAUUCCCCACACUGGCAUCCUCACAGGCCAAGCAUUCCAUGCAUCCUGCCCAAUGUCCUGGGACAAAUCGGACACACCCCAAUGGUCCAUCUCAACAAGAUCACCAAGAACUUUGGCCUCAAGUGUGAGCUGUUGGUGAAGUGCGAGUUCUUUAAUGCUGGUGGCAGUGUGAAGGACAGAAUUAGUCUGCGUAUGGUGGAGGAUGCAGAGAGGGCAGGCGUUCUCAAGCCUGGAGACACAAUCAUAGAGCCCACCUCCGGAAACACUGGUAUUGGCCUCGCUCUAGCUGCUGCUGUGAAGGGUUACCACUGCAUCAUUGUCAUGCCUGAGAAGAUGAGCAUGGAAAAGGUGGAUGUGUUAAGAGCUCUGGGAGCUGAGAUUGUCCGCACACCCACCAGCGCCCGUUUUGAUUCGCCUGAGUCUCAUGUGGGUGUGGCUUGGCGUCUGAAGAAUGAGAUCCCUAACUCACACAUCCUGGACCAGUAUCGUAAUCCCAGCAACCCACUGGCUCACUACGACACCACAGCAGAAGAGAUACUGGAACAGUGUGAUGGUAAAGUGGACAUGCUUGUAGCAGGAGCUGGGACAGGGGGCACCAUCACUGGCAUUGCUCGCAAGCUGAAAGAGAAAUGCCCCAAUGUUAAGAUCAUCGGUGUGGACCCCGAAGGGUCCAUCCUGGCUGAGCCUGAGGAACUGAACCACACAGAGAAGACACGGUACGAGGUGGAAGGCAUCGGCUAUGAUUUCAUCCCCACUGUGCUGGACAGAUCGGUGGUGGACCGCUGGUACAAGGCCAGUGAUGAUGAAACCUUUGCUAUGGCACGCAUGCUCAUUAGAGAAGAAGGACUGCUGUGUGGUGGCAGCUCGGGCAGUGCUAUGGCGGCAGCAGUGAAGGAGGCCAAAGAGCUGAAGGAGGGUCAGCGCUGCGUGGUCAUCCUCCCUGACUCCAUCCGCAACUACAUGUCCAAGUUUUUGAAUGAUAAAUGGAUGUUCCAAAAAGGCUUUCUCACAGUAGAAGAGUUCAUGGUUAACAAGCCCUGGUGGUGGAAUCUUAAGUUGCAGAGCUUGAACCUCUCUGCUCCUCUCACUGUGUUGCCCACAGUCACCUGUCAGAAAAUGAUCAAAAUCCUGAAGGAAAAGGGCUUUGACCAAGCCCCAGUGGUUGAUGAGGCUGGGUUGAUUCUUGGUAUGGUGACCCUUGGGAACAUGCUAGCCUCAGUGCUUGCUGGAAAGGUCAAGCCCUCUGACCCUGUGAGCAAAGUGCUCUACAAGCAGUUCAAGCAGGUUCAUUUGACUGACAACCUGGGGAAGCUCUCCCGGAUCCUGGAGACAGACCACUUUGCCCUGGUGGUGCAUGAGCAGAUUCAAUUGACAGAUGGCUCCACAAGUCUGAAGCAGAUGGUGUUUGGAGUUGUGACGGCCAUUGAUCUACUCAACUUUGUCACUGGCCACGAGAAACGAGAGAGAUCGGUGUCUGAAUGCACAGACGAGCUGUGAUUGGCCAUUUAUAUCAGCAUUUGCUAUCUAUAACCAAUAAUGAUGUCUGACCAUGAAUGGUUCACCUCCUAAGGACUAGGGGGCCAUGAGUCAAAAUUGUUACUGUGAAUUGAGCAUAUAAAUAUAUAGACAUUCUAUAUUGGAAGUUUUUCUUUUUGCUAUGUUUGGUAAUUUAGGCUAAUGUUUUAAAUAAUGUUGCAAACAUUUUCCAAGUCCAGGGCUUGUUUUGAUUGGGGAAAUGAGGGAGUGCCUGCCCCCCAGUAGAAAAAAAAGGGACAAAACCCCCCCACCCCCCUUUGCAUAAAGGGAGUAUUCACAAUGCAUGUAUGCAAAUGUAAAAAUUUGAUUAAAAUGCAAUUUAUUUAGUGAAA